AUGUGUGAUAGUGAAUGUGUAUGUAUUGUUUAUAUACAUUUAUACGAGGAAAAUCAUCAGGGGAAUACUGAUUGUGUGGAUAGUAAUUGUGGGGAUCAUGAUUGUGUGGAUAGUAAUUGUGGGGAUCAUGAUUGUGUGGAUAGUAAUUGUGGGGAUCAUGAUUGUGUGGAUAGUAAUUGUAAGGAUCAUGAUUGUGUUAAUGGUCGUUGUGGAGAUUGUAAUUGUGGGGAUCAUGAUUGUGUUAAUGGUCGUUGUGGGGAUCAUGAUUGUGUUAAUGGUUGUUGUGGGGAUUGUAAUUGUGGGGAUCAUGAUUGUGUUAAUGGUCGUUGUGGGGAUCAUGAUUGUGUUAAUGGUUGUUGUGAGGAUUGUGAUUGUGUUAAUGGUUGUUGUGAGGAUUGUGAUUGUGUUAAUGGUUGUUGUGGAGAUCAUGAUUGUGUUAAUGGUCGUUGUGGGGAUCAUGAUUGUGUUAAUGGUCGUUGUGGGGAUCAUGAUUGUGUUAAUGGUCGUUGUGAGGAUUUUGAUUGUGUUAAUGGUCGUUGUGAGGAUUGUGAUUGUGUUGAUGGUCGUUGUGAGGAUUGUGAUUGUGUUGAUGGUCGUUGUGAGGAUUGUGAUUGUGUUGAUGGUCGUUGUGGGGAUCAUGAUUGUGUUAAUGGUCGUUGUGAGGAUUGUGAUUGUGUUGAUGGUCGUUGUGGGGAUCAUGAUUGUGUUAAUGGUCGUUGUGAGGAUUGUGAUUGUGUUGAUGGUCGUUUUGAGGAUUGUGAUUGUGUUAAUGGUCGUUGUGGGGAUCAUGAUUGUGUUAAUGGUUGUUGUGAGGAUUGUGAUUGUGUUAAUGGUCGUUGUGGGGAUCAUGAUUGUGUUAAUGGUCGUUGUGGGGAUCAUGAUUGUGUUAAUGGUCGUUGUGGGGAUCAUGAUUGUGUUAAUGGUCGUUGUGGGGAUCAUGAUUGUGUUAAUGGUCGUUGUGAGGAUUGUGAUUGUGUUGAUGGUCGUUGUGGGGAUCAUGAUUGUGUUGAUGGUCGUUGUGAGGAUUGUGAUUGUGUUGAUGGUCGUUGUGAGGAUUGUGAUUGUGUUGAUGGUCGUUGUGAGGGUUGUGAUUGUGUUAAUGGUCGUUGUGAGGAUUGUGAUUGUGUUGAUGGUCGUUGUGGGGAUCAUGAUUGUGUUAAUGGUUGUUGUGAGGAUUGUGAUUGUGUUAAUGGUCGUUGUGGGAAUCAUGAUUGUGUUAAUGGUCGUUGUGGGGAUCAUGAUUGUGUUAAUGGUCGUUGUGGGGAUCAUGAUUGUGUUAAUGGUCGUUGUGGGGAUCAUGAUUGUGUUAAUGGUCGUUGUGAGGAUUGUGAUUGUGUUGAUGGUCGUUGUGAGGAUUGUGAUUGUGUUGAUGGUCGUUGUGAGGGUUGUGAUUGUGUUAAUGGUCGUUGUGAGGAUUGUGAUUGUGUUGAUGGUUGUUGUGAGGAUUGUGAUUGUGUUGAUGGUCGUUGUGAGGAUUGUGAUUGUGUUGAUGGUCGUUGUGAGGAUUGUGAUUGUGUUGAUGGUCGUUGUGAGGAUUGUGAUUGUGUUGAUGGUCGUUGUGAGGAUUGUGAUUGUGUUGAUGGUCGUUGUGAGGAUUGUGAUUGUGUUGAUGGUCGUUGUGAGGAUUGUGAUUGUGUUGAUGGUCGUUGUGGGGGUUGUGAUUGUGUUAAUGGUCGUUGUGAGGAUUGUGAUUGUGUUAAUGGUUGUUGUGAGGAUUGUGAUUGUGUUAAUGGUUGUUGUGAGGAUUGUGAUUGUGUUAAUGGUUGUUGUGAGGAUUGUGAUUGUGUUAAUGGUUGUUGUGAGGAUUGUGAUUGUGUUAAUGGUCGUUGUGGGGAUCGUGAUUGUGUUAAUGGUUGUUGUGGGGAUCAUGAUUGUGUUGAUGGUCGUUGUGAGGAUUGUGAUUGUGUUAAUGGUCGUUGUGAGGAUUGUGAUUGUGUUGAUGGUCAUUGUGAGGAUUGUGAUUGUGUUGAUGGUCGUUGUGAGGAUUGUGAUUGUGUUGAUGGUCGUUGUGAGGAUUGUGAUUGUGUUGAUGGUCGUUGUGAGGAUUGUGAUUGUGUUAAUGGUCGUUGUGAGGAUUGUGAUUGUGUUGAUGGUCGUUGUGAGGAUUGUGAUUGUGUUGAUGGUCGUUGUGAGGAUUGUGAUUGUGUUGAUGGUCGUUGUGAGGAUUGUGAUUGUGUUAAUGGUCGUUGUGAGGAUUGUGAUUGUGUUGAUGGUCGUUGUGAGGAUUGUGAUUGUGUUGAUGGUCGUUGUGGGGAUUGUGAUUGUGUUGAUGGUCGUUGUAGGGGUUGUGAUUGUGUUGAUGGUCGUUGUGGGGGUUGUGGUUUUGUGGAUAGUCGUUGUGAGGAUUGUAUGGAUAAUCACCCUGGGGUACAAUGA